CUGCGCUCACUCUCCCUGUCUGCGCCGAGAGAAAGAGAGAGAGUGAGAGAGACGGGAGGGGAACGGGGGCUGGGAAAGAUGGGUGUAGAAGCAAGAAUUCUCCCCAAUUCAGUGCCCGGAAUUGCUCUCCUAGACUAAUGGUAGUUGGUAGCACGUACAGUACUUGUAGGCCGGAGGCGAGAGAGACACCGCUGGGUAGUCGCAGCGCUGGUCAAGUGAUGCCGCAAUUUUCUAUUGCCUAGGCCCCUGCGAGGUGGUAGAUCAACGGAGUUCCGUGUCUUGGGCAGGGGAAGGAAAGGUGGUGGCGGCCAUGCUGCACCACCAUGGUGGCGCCGGGUUCCCGUACAUGGCCCCGACGACGGCUGGCGCGGACCCGUUCUUGCCGACGCCGACGGGGCCCGCGUCCGUCGCCGCCAUCAUCCCUCCGCUGCCGAUGGAGCUGCAGUCUGCGGCUGCGGGGACGGCGAGGGGUAACUUCGAGGAAUUGCCAGCGGGCGGCUCCAGCGCUGCCGCCGCGGCCAGCCUGCAGGACGACGACGUGCCGGCCGACGUCGGCGCCGGCGGCGCGGGAGCGUCGGGGUCCGGCGGCGGCCACCGGUGGCCGCGCGAGGAGACGCUGGCGCUCAUCAGGAUCCGGACGGAGAUGGACGCCGACUUCCGGAUCGCCCCCCUCAAGGCGCCGCUCUGGGAGGACGUCGCCAGGAAGCUUGCGGGGCUGGGAUACCACCGGAGCGCCAAGAAGUGCAAGGAGAAGUUCGAGAACGUGGACAAGUACUACAGGCGCACCAAGGACGCCCGCGCCGGGCGCCAGGACGGCAGGAGCUACCGCUUCUUCGCGCAGCUCGAGGCGCUCCACGCCGCGGCGCAGCAGCAGCGGCAGGCCACGGGCAUGGCGGCCGCGGUGCGAGGCGACCAUCAACCGUCGGGGGCAAUGGCGUGGACGGCUGCGCCUGCGACGGUAGGAGGGCCUCCCGCCGGCGCCGGCCUGCCGGACCUCAGCUUCUCGUCGAUGUCGGGGUCCGAGUCCGAGUCCGAGUCGGACGACGACCUCGAUGUCGCGGAGGCGGGGCCCGGCAACGGCGAGGGCGGGGGCGACGACAGGGAGAUCAUGGCCAUCUUCGAGGGGAUGAUGAGGCAGGUCACGGAGAAGCAGGACGCGAUGCAGCGCGUGUUCCUGGAGACGCUCGAGCGGUGGGAGGCGGAGCGCACGGCGCGGGAGGAGGCGUGGCGGCGGCAGGAGGUCGCCCGCAUGAACCGCGAGCGGGAGCAGCUCGCCAGGGAGCGCGCCGUCGCGGCCUCCCGCGACGCCGCGCUGAUCGCAUUCCUCCAGCGUGUCGGCGGGGGGCAGCAAGGGGAGCCCACGCGGCUCCCUCCCCCGAUCGCCGUCGCCCUGCCCAUGCCCGACCGCACCCCUCCGUCGCCUCGCCAUGACGCGGCGGCCCAGCCCACUUCGCUUCAGCCGGUGCCCGCGCCUCCCAAGCUGGAGGAGGCCCGGGCGUGGGCUGGGGGCGAGGGUAGCGGCGGGUCGAUGCCGUCGCGGUGGCCGAAGGAGGAGGUGCAGGUGCUGAUCCAGCUGCGGACCGAGAAGGACGAGCAGUACCACGACGCGGGGGCCAAGGGGCCGCUCUGGGAGGACAUCGCCGCCGGGAUGCGCAGGAUCGGGUACAACCGGAGCGCCAAGCGGUGCAAGGAGAAGUGGGAGAACAUCAACAAGUACUACAAGAAGGUGAAGGAGAGCAACAAGAGGCGACCUGAGGACUCCAAGACUUGUCCUUACUUCCACCAUCUCGACGCCAUGUACCGCAAGAAACGCUUCGCCGCCGGAGGCAGCAGCACCGCACCUGGAGCGUAUACGGCCGCCGGCGCCGGCGCCGGCGCCGUCACAUCGCAGGGGAACCCGAACCAGCGCGAGCUCGAGGGGAAGAGCAGCAACGAUGCUGACGGGUUGAGGAACGAUGGACAGGGAAACGUGCAUGCUCCUCCCCGUCCCGGCAACGGCGAGACGGCACCAGCGACCACCGAAAACAAGAGGGCAGAGGACGCCGUGAAAGGAACAAAUCAGCUGCUGCAGCAGUUCGGAGCAGACGAGACGGAGAGCGACGACAACGACAUGGGAGGCGACUACACUGAAGAAAGCAACGAUGAAGACAAAAUGAAGUACAAGACGGCCUUCCAGAAUCCUAAUGUGAUCGGGAGCAGUGGCAACGACGCACCUGCACCACCAGCGACGGCUGCGGCACCGACGAGUUCAGCUGCCCCAACGAGGAGCUCCUUCCUUGCCGUUCAGUAGACGGCAAUGCUGCAGGACCCGGAGCCAGCUGAUCAGCACCAGCCAAUCACCGCCUUUUCCGGCUCAUAAUCAUCAAUUAUACUCGUUCUGCCUGUGAUACUGGCACCAUCCCCACACCAUUUAUUGAUUUGUUUCUGUAAUAAGCAUCCAAUCAUGAAAGACAAAAAAACAAGGAGUGAGACUGAAGAACAGAGGAGGUAGCAGAGGCGCCUAAACAAAAAGUUUCUUUUUUCCCCUUACCAUAGGUCAUGUUAUACUUUAGCUUAUUUCCAACGAUUGUACAUUCAUGUGACAGUCUUAACUUCUGUAGUCAUUUCCGAUACAAUUUGGUCAGGAAUUUGGAGCGUCCAAUUUCAGCUA